UGUCAUAGGUUUCGAUUUCGUACCACAUUAUUGUCAUAUAAAAAAAAUGUUUUCUUUUUUUCUUUUUUUUUUAAUUAAAUUAACUUGUCAUGAAGUUUGUUACGAGAAAUUGAGAGUGAGAGAAAGAGACACUUAUACUCGCUCAGUUUUCCACCAUUGACACAUGCUUCAUUCAUAGCUUUCCCGCGAAAUUGAAGAGAGAGAGAGAGAGAGAGAAGAGGCUGAGGCUGUGCUGGUGCACGUUCGUUUUCCGUGGAAAUUCGUGCCAACAUUUUCCGUUUCAUUUUUUCUUAGAAAGAGAAAAGGUUUUGUCAUGGCACUGAGCUUUCUGGAAAAAUCUAGGCCAAUUUGAAUUGGUCACGCUGGGAUAGGGAAAAUGAAAUGCUUGUCUCUUUCAGAGUCCAAAUGUGAGAUCUAAUAAUUGAAGUCUCUGUGCAAAGUUUCUUCUUCUUCUUCUUCUUGAGACACCGUUUCAGAGAGCUUUAAAUCUGCAGAUUUGUUUUUUAUUAUUCCUUUCUCUUGGUUCUUGUCUGUGCUUCCCCAAUAAUUUCUGGUGUUUUAGGCUCACUGGGGCGUGUCUUCUUCUGGGUUUUCAUUGUAGAUUUCACAUUGGUUGUUCACUAAACUGUACAGAUAGCAGGCCUGGUUGUGUCUAUCGCAUGUUUUGUCUCCACCUGUAUCAUCAUUUUCUUCAACCGUUUGCUCUCCAAGUUCCUCUAGCUGUCCCUUUUUUUAUUUUAUUUUAUUUUUUAAUUUCUCUCUCUCUCAAUUAUUAGUUUUUUAUUUUAUUAUUUUGCUUGGUUUUUUUGUUGCUCAUUGCUUAUUAAAUUGCUGGGUUUUUGAGCUUCUUCUGGUGGGAGCCUUUCUGGGGUUUAGUAUCUGCUUCUUGCUUUAUUUGUAAUUUGAGUUUUACUUGGUACUUGUGCUAAUGGGUUACCAAGUUUUGGGUUGCGGGGUAUCUUUGCAGUUUUUGGUGGUUGUUUUUGAAGAUGCUGUGCGUUUAGGAUUAUUUUGCACUUGAAACUUAGCUCCUUAGUGAGUCUUCUACUGAGUUGACCCUGCUUUGAGAUUUGGGGUUGGGGCAAGUUGCCAUUUUGACUCCUAGUUUUGGCAGUAAGGCUGGAAGAGAAAUUGUUUCAUCACAGACAGCAUUUCUGUCUCUUGAUGUUGUGUUGAAUUUUUGUUUAUCAGUGGGAUAAAGGAUAGAGAAUGAGUGGUGGCAGGAAGAGGAAGCUGCGUUUAAGCAAGAUCUACUCAUUUGCAUGCUGUAAGGCAUCCUUCGAGGGGGAUCAUUCACAGAUUGGAGGAAAAGGUUAUUCCAGGGUGGUGUUCUGCAAUGAGCCAGAUAGAUUUGAGGAUGGUGUUAGAAAUUACGCAGACAAUUCUGUCAGAUCUACAAAAUAUACUGUUGCUACUUUCUUUCCCAAAUCUUUGUUUGAACAGUUUAGGAGGGUGGCAAACUUCUAUUUUUUGGUCACUGGCACCUUGGCCUUCACAAAACUUGCUCCAUAUACUGCUGUUAGUGCUAUUCUUCCACUGAUUAUUGUUAUUGGGGCAACUAUGGUGAAAGAAGGCAUUGAAGACUGGCGCCGGAAAAAGCAGGAUAUAUUGGUGAACAAUAGAAGAGUUAAAGUGCAUAAAAUUGAUGGUAUUUUUGAAUAUACUGCAUGGAAGAAUCUGAGGGUGGGGGAUAUAGUAAAGGUAGAGAAGGAUGAGUUCUUCCCAGCUGAUCUCCUAUUGCUUUCAUCCAGUUAUGAUGAUGCAGUUUGCUAUGUUGAGACCAUGAAUUUGGAUGGGGAGACAAAUUUAAAGAUUAAACAAGGGUUAGAAGUAACUUCUUCUUUACAGGGGGAUCUCAACUUCCAAAAAUUUAACGCUACAGUCAAAUGUGAAGACCCCAACGCAAAUUUGUACUCUUUCGUUGGGAGCAUGGAGUUUGAAGAGCAAAAAUAUGCCCUUUCUCCACAGCAACUUCUUCUCCGAGACUCUAAACUUCGCAAUACAGACUACAUUUUUGGAGCUGUCAUUUUCACUGGUCAUGACACCAAGGUUAUUCAAAAUUCUACUGAUCCACCUUCAAAAAGAAGCAGAAUUGAGAAGAAGAUGGACAGAGUCAUCUAUUUCUUGUUUUGUAUUCUAUUUCUAAUGGCAUUCGUGGGAUCUAUUUUCUUUGGAUUUAUAACUAAAAAUGACCUUCAAAAUGGGUCGAUGAAAAGAUGGUAUUUAAGACCAGAUGAUUCUACUAUAUUCUUUGAUCCGAAAAGAUCAGCUGCUGCUGUUUUAUUUCAUUGUUUGACAGCCUUAAUGUUAUAUGGGUUCUUUAUUCCCAUCUCUUUGUACGUGUCAAUAGAAAUUGUCAAAGUCCUUCAGAGCAUUUUCAUCAAUCAAGAUAUCCAUAUGUACUACAAGGAAGCAGACAAACCAGCCCGAGCUCGUACUUCAAACUUGAAUGAGGAGCUUGGCCAAGUUGAUACAAUACUUUCUGAUAAAACUGGAACUCUGACCUGCAACUCAAUGGAGUUCAUCAAAUGUUCUAUUGCAGGGGUAGCUUAUGGCCGUGGUACUACAGAGGUUGAGAAGGCCAUGGAUAGAAGAAAAGGUUCACUAUCAAUUCAUGGGCAUGAUAUUGAAUUAGAAGAAGAUGACAUUAGGGGUUCUCUAGAUAAAAAGCCACUCAUUAAAGGUUUUAAUUUUGCUGACGAAAGAAUCAUAAAUGGAAAUUGGGUUAAUGAACCUCAUGCAGAUGUUAUCCAGAAGUUUUUUCGCCUAUUGGCUGUCUGUCAUACAGCCAUACCAGAAGUGGAUGAAGACACAGGAAAUGUCUCAUAUGAGGCUGAAUCCCCGGAUGAAGCAGCAUUUGUGAUUGCAGCAAGAGAACUUGGUUUUGAAUUCUACAAAAGGGGUCAGACUAGUUUAUCAACACAUGAGUUGGAUCCUGUUUCGGGCAAGAAAGUUGAAAGGAAAUACAAACUUCUCAAUGUUUUAGAAUUCAAUAGCUCAAGGAAGCGAAUGUCAGUGAUAGUGGAAGAUGAAGAAGGGAAAAUUUUUCUUCUCUGCAAAGGUGCAGACAGCAUCAUGUUUGAAAGGCUUGCCAAGAAUGGGAGGCAGUUUGAAGAGAAAACCAUGGAGCACGUGCAUGAGUAUGCUGAUGCAGGUCUGAGAACCCUUAUACUGGCCUAUCGUGAACUUGAUGCAGAAGAAUACAAGGAGUUUGAUAAUAAAUUCUCUAAGGCCAAGAACAUAGUUAGUGCUGAUCAGGAAAUACUGAUUGAGGAAGUAUCAGAUAAGAUUGAGAAGAACCUAAUCCUUCUUGGUGCCACUGCUGUAGAGGACAAGCUGCAAGAUGGGGUUCCUGAUUGCAUCGACAAGCUUGCCCAAGCAGGAAUUAAAAUUUGGGUUUUGACGGGGGAUAAAAUGGAGACUGCAAUCAAUAUUGGUUUUGCUUGUAGUUUGCUUAGACAAGGAAUGAAGCAGAUUAUAAUUCAUUUGGAUACUCCAGAAAUUCAAGCACUAGAGAAGGAUGGGGACAAGAUGGCUAUUGCCAAAGCAUCAAGACAAAGUGUCCUCCUUCAGAUAUCUGAAGGCGCUGCACAACUCACUGCGUACAGGGGGAGCUCUCAACAGGCAUUUUCUCUGAUUAUUGAUGGAAAAUCACUUGUUUAUGCAUUAGAAGAUAAUAUGAAGAACAUGUUUCUGGAGCUAGCAAUUCGUUGUGCAUCUGUUAUUUGCUGUCGCUCAUCGCCAAAGCAGAAGGCACUGGUCACUAGAUUGGUCAAAUCUGGAACUGGGAAAACAAUUUUAGCUAUUGGUGACGGAGCUAAUGAUGUGGGAAUGCUUCAAGAAGCAGAUAUAGGGAUUGGUAUAAGUGGUGUUGAAGGAAUGCAGGCAGUUAUGUCCAGUGAUAUUGCAAUUGCACAAUUCCGGUAUUUGGAACGAUUACUUCUGGUGCAUGGACAUUGGUGUUACAGGAGGAUCUCUUCUAUGAUAUGCUAUUUUUUCUACAAGAAUAUCACAUUUGGUUUUACUCUAUUCUUAUACGAGGUGUAUGCAUCAUUCUCUGGACAACCUGCUUACAAUGACUGGUUUUUGUCUCUCUAUAAUGUCUUCUUUUCAUCAUUUCCUGUGAUUGCACUUGGGGUGUUUGACCAGGAUGUAUCAUCUCGGUACUGCUUGAAGGUCAAUUUCUUCUUUCCAUCUUGUAUGCAGGUCAUCUUUAUUGUAACGGUUUCCUUUGUUAUAUCAAGAAGGAGUACAGAAUGUCCUUUUCAGCUGGCGUCGAAUACUCAGCUGGAUGCUUAACGGACUUAUCAGUGCCUUAAUAAUUUUCUUCUUCUGCACAAAAUCUAUAGAGCUCCAGGCCUUUGAUGUGGAGGGGAGAACCGCUGGAAAGGAUAUACUGGGAGCAACAAUGUAUACCUGUGUAGUUUGGGUUGUAAACU